CACUUGCCACUGCAGUUUUAUACCUAUCUCUUGCUUUUUAUUAUUACUCGAGCACACGUCUUGUUGGAAUAGGAGGCAUUGCUAUGAUCGGUGUUAUGGUCACUGUGUCGGUCUUCCAUGCAGCGUUCACCACGGUGCACUUAUUACUGUCACUUUCUCACCAAAGCAAAAUAUCGCGAAAGACAGAUGCUGAGAGUCGGCCGCUGGGAUCAGAAGGGAUAUCAGACACAAAUCAGAGGGUCGGGUCAACUGAGGAACCCGUGGAAGAGCAAAAACAGCCAGUUUUCUGUUUCUUGAAUCUUGUCAUAAGGGUCUAUGAAAGCUUUGUUAAGCCGAUGAUGGACUACUUCCUUACCAUGAUUGUCAGUUAUGUGGAGCCCUUGAAGUCCGGUGAUACGAUCUCUUUCUAUUCCUUUUACCUUGAUUAUUGGAGCUGGGAACACCAAAAAUACACCAUAAUCUUCUGGAUUCUGCUGGAAGGGUCUGUCACCUGCGCUUUUAUUGUGCUGAGUGCGAUUGAGUUACACCAAGUUCCCAAGGCAUGCAUCCGGCCAAGUCAAUAAGUAUGAACCGCGGGCCAUGGUAGCGACUGUUACUGCCUUCCCACAUCGGCGGUGGAAGACAGAUCUUACUGAACGAGCAAACGUGGUAUUGGUGAGAAGUAUACGUUCCAAAGGAGGGAAGAGAAGGAAGUCCUCCAGUGUCAGGUUACUUGGCGCCAGGUUCCCCACAUGAUCUGCAACAGGUUGUCAGACUUCUACAUGUGAAUACAAAGAAUGACGGGAACAUGCGCGAGGUGUUU